ACCGAAAUUAUCACCUUAUAAUAUUCAAAGAAUGAUUCCUUAUUACUUAUAUUUAUAUAAUUUUAAGCCAUCGUACGAUUAAAUAUUUAAAUAUAAAUAAGCAAACCCCGCUGGCGCCUCAAUUUGGCGUCAUUUGUAUUAUGGGUUAUAUAGUACAAAAUCGAUACGUAGUGUUAUCACAGGCAAAGACACUGGAAAAUGUAAAUAUACACAAAUACAUAUGAUACAAAUUUGUCACCUGUGUUAUUAAGUCUGCAUUUUGUUUAAAUGUUCACUGCACUAUCAGCGUUCCAAAUUCUCACCCGGUGGACAAGUUAUAAGGUACGACAGCUAGAGUGGACGCGCCUGUCGACAGUUCGUCCUCAAUCGACAUGAAUCCUGACUUAGCUCAAGAGAGAAGAAGGGCUACCUUUGACCCCGAACAAGUGACCAGCCUGCUGUACAGGGGACCUGAAAAUGUCCGCAAACGUCGAUACUUACAAAAUGCAGCCAUUCAAGAUCAGGUACUUCGUGGGUCCAAGCCUUGGGCUUUCCAAAGCCGAGUUGAACAAUAUGAAACAGCGUUGCAGAUGUUUAUCUACAUGAUGAAGAAAUUGGAUGAAAUGGGCGUUACUGACCCUUUGGAGAGAAUGUAUUACCAGGAGGCGGGUGCUCCCCAUUAUUACAACCCUAUGGCCCUUCACACGGGUAUGUUCAUCCCAUCCAUAGAAAAACAAGGAACCAAAGAACAGAAAGAAAGAUGGCUGCCCAUGGCGCGGAGUCUCCAGUUGAUCGGGACCUACGCCCAGACAGAGAUGGGACAUGGGACCUUCAUUCGAGGACUGGAGACCACUGCUUCGUAUGACCCGUCAAAUCAGGAGUUUGUACUCAACUCCCCAACGGUCACCUCCAUGAAGUUCUGGCCGGGAGGAUUGGGGAAAACGUCUAACUGCUGCCUCGUUAUGGCCCAGCUGAUUACACAGGGGAAGAAGAGGGGGAUCCACUUAUUCUUCGUACAAAUCCGGGAUCUGAAGACUCAUCGACAUAUGCCGGGAGUCGAGUCGGGGGAUAUUGGCCCCAAAUUUGGGUUCAAUUCCAACGAUAAUGGAUAUCUCAAGUUGAGCAAUGUUCGAAUUCCCCGGGAAAACAUGCUGAUGCGAUACUCCAAGGUCUUAGAGGACGGUACUUACGUCCCCCCAACCAAUCAGAGGAUAGGGUACGGUACCAUGGUGUUUGUCAGGGCUCAUAUCGUUACAAACUCCGCCCGGGGAUUGUCGAAGGCCUGUGUGAUAGCGAUCCGCUACAGCGCCGUACGUCGUCAAACGGAAGUCUCACCAGGAGGUCCGGAGGCCCAAAUUAUUGACUACCAGACUCAGCAGUACAAGUUAUUUCCCCUGCUUGCCACGGCAUAUGCUAUGUACUUCACUGGAAGGUAUGCCGAGGAUUACUAUGAGCAAAUAGCAUCCGAAAUAGAGGCCGGCAAUCUGGAGUCGUUAAAUCAGCUGCACGCUGUAUGUGCGGGGUUGAAGGCCUUCAGCACGUGGGCCUGCACUGCAGGGAUAGAGACCUGUCGACUGUGCUGCGGGGGUCACGGUUACUCCCACGCCAGCGGGAUCCCCAAGCUCUACACCUACUACACCCCCGGAUGUACCUACGAAGGGGAGAAUAACGUCAUGAUGCUCCAAGUCGCCAGAUUUCUUAUGAAAAUAUAUCCUGAUAUAAAGAGGGGAGGCCCGAUUCACGAAUUCGUGCAAUAUUUGGGGGCGGAUCUGACUCAGAAAUCGUGUAUGACUGAGGAAGUGGCACUGGGUUGUUUACUGAAGGCAUUCCAACAUCGCGCAGCCAGAUUGCUCUCUGAUGCAGCCGCUCGCAUUGAAAACCUUGUGAGAUCCGGAAAAUCUCGCCAAGAGGCGUGGGAUGCAUCGACAGUCGCCCUUACGUGGGCUGCAAAGGCUUAUUGCCACACCUUUGUCGUCAGAACGUUUUCACAGAUAGUAAGUGAUGCUGCAGUCGACAAGAGCACAAAAGACGUCCUGACAGCUCUUUGUAAGCUCUACGCCAUUGAUGGAAUCAUUGAGAACUUGGGAGAAUUCAUAGAGGAUGGGUUCUUCAGUCCUCAUCAAGUGUCCUUUCUGAAGAACAAACUGGCCGACCUGCUAGCUGAGAUUCGACCAAAUGCCGUGGCCCUCGUGGACGCUUUUGACUACCCGGACAAAACCCUGGACAGCUGUCUGGGUCGGUAUGACGGCCAGGUGUACCCAGCCCUGUAUGAGUACGCCAAAAACUCGCCAUUCAACGAGCAAGAGGUUCUGGAUUCUUAUCACAAGUUUAUCAAGCCAGCCCAGACUGAACAAAGCCAACGGGCCCCAAUGGCGCGACUAUAAGGUUCCAUCGCAAGGAGAUGAACAGUUUAAAGUUUGCAUCAAACAUGCAUGUAUUAAGGGUACAGCAACCCAUGCGUCAAUGAUAGCCCCUUUCAUUGCUGAUACGGAUAUACACUUGCAUUAUAUAUACAGUGUCAGAAAAAGGGAUUUACUAAUUAGCGUAAUUGAUUGAAUUUUAUCAUUCCAAUGAAAGUUAUGGACAACACCCUCUACACGAAGCUAGUCAGUGUAGCCAUUGCAAUCAAUGCAGUACAAGUUUGAAUUCAAUUAGUUACUUUAAUAUGUAUUUUGCUCAAAAUGGCACUUUUGGGGCUUUUUAACAAACAUUUUAUGCAAUGUGGUCUCAUCAAACCUAUUCAAGUAAAACAUGAAUAAAAUUAUUGUGGAAUUAUUUUUUUUAUUACAUGUAGAUAUGAACAAACUAAAAGUGAUUGUAAUUAAUUCAAAACAAUGAACAUUAAUAUAUAGGCUGUAAUAUUUUUACAAUGUAUUUUGGGUCAUCACAAUUACAUGUAAUAAUAAGAUUAUUUGUUUAAUUACAGUAUUAAUAUUAUGUCCAUUUAUUAAUUAAAUUGUUCAUGGUGAUCUUAUAACAUAAUGGAGUUAUCAGAAAUCCAGUGAUUUUUUUGUGUAAAAAUGUUUGUAACCGUCGGUUUCUCAUUGAAAAAUAACACACAGCCAUUGAGAUAUCAAUUGAGUGAUUUAUGAUGCUAUAAUUUAAACAUCCUACAAAAUACAUACAAUAUAUUCAAUAUUUGAUAACAAUAGGACGUAUUUUAUCACAUUUUUAAAUAAUAAAUAUAUGGACAUAUUUAUCAUCAAGCAUAGAAUCUAAAAUAUUAUACUGUUAGCUAACUUCAUGAAUUACCUAUUCAAAAGAAUAGGUCUUAUUACCCAAAUUAUAAAUAGUUAACUUAUAGAAGGAAAAGAUCAAUAAUUACCGAAUUGUGGACUCAGCUAGUUACUACUGCUUAGUCUAAUACAGACAUUGUAUAAUUAGCAAUACAUGGCUUUGACCUGUAUAUACAAUAAGGCACUUGUCAAUCUAUGCACAAUGAUAAAUAAUUAUCUAUAGGUCAGAUUUAUAUUAAUCUAUAUAACAAUUAUUGAUUGCUAUAGCUCUGUGUAACUAAAAAAACAACGUGAUAUUCUUUAUAUCAUCACUUGCUUAUUUACUUCUCACAUCAAUCCCUUCAACACAACCUUUCAUUCUCUCACUAGCAAUAUUGUUAAUGGAAAGAACAUAUACUUUCAAAGGUCAUUCUUGUGUCCAAUGAAAAUGACUUAAGAAUAAUUAUAACCACUUUGAGACCUUCACUCUUGGAAUGCUAGAGUUGAAAUUAAAUUAUAUAUAUUAAAAAAACUGAACUCUCUAGGUAUUUGACCCUAAAAUAACCCUAGAAUAACCAAUCCAGAAUUCUUGUUAUGACCAAUGGACUGUCACUGACCUCUAAACUAGUUCUUAUCUAAAACUGGUCCUAAUGAAUGUUAAAAUAA